CAAUGGAGCGGCUCCGGGGCGGCGAGCCCGGCAGCGCCGGGGCUUCCCGCUGAGCCGCAGCCGCCGGAGUGCGGGCGCCAGCCGCUCGGCUCGCCCCGGCCGGCCGGGCAGCUCUGGCCCCGGGGGCUCCGACGCGAAGGCAUUCCUCGGAUCAAAACUACUUGCAGAGUUUCCGGUUGACCAGCAUUCAUAGGAAUGAAGACAAAGUCAGAGAUGGUGUGUCUGAGAAACUUCAAAAGGUGUAGACCUCCCGAUUGAAGCAUACCUGAUUUGGUUCAUUUUCCUUCAUAAUACCUCUCCUCUCUACAAGGGAGUCAUGAUUACACUAACGGAAUUAAAAUGCUUAGCAGACGCCCAGUCAUCCUACCACAUACUGAAGCCGUGGUGGGAUGUCUUCUGGUAUUACAUCACCCUCAUCAUGCUGUUGGUGGCUGUGCUGGCCGGAGCCCUGCAGCUCACCCAGAGCAGGGUUCUGUGCUGUCUUCCCUGCAAGGUGGAAUUUGACAAUCAGUGCGCUGUGCCUUGGGACCUCCUGAAAGCCAGUGAGAACGCGUCUUCUAACUCGGGCCUGCCGCUGCCGCUGCCGCUCCGUAUCCAGAACGACCUCCACCGGCAGCAGUACUCCUACAUCGAUGCUGUCUGCUACGAGAAGCAGCUCCAUUGGUUCGCCAAGUUUUUCCCCUAUCUGGUGCUUCUGCACACCCUCAUCUUCGCAGCCUGCAGCAACUUCUGGCUUCACUACCCCAGCACCAGCUCGAGGCUGGAACACUUUGUGUCCAUCCUCCACAAGUGCUUCGACUCUCCGUGGACCACGCGCGCCCUGUCAGAGACAGUGGCCGAACAGUCCGUGAGGCCCCUGAAGCUCUCCAAGUCCAAAACCUUGCUCUCAACCUCAGGGGGCUCUGCCGACAUUGACGCCAGCAAGCAGUCAUUGCCCUACCCACAGCCAGGCUUGGAGUCGCCUGGCAUAGAAAGCCCAACUUCUAGCGUCCUGGACAAGAAGGAGGGCGAACAAGCCAAGGCCAUCUUUGAAAAAGUGAAGAGGUUCCGCCUGCACGUGGAGCAGAGGGAUAUCAUCUACCGGGUGUACCUGAAGCAGAUCAUCGUCAAAGUCAUCCUGUUUGUCCUUAUUAUAACCUACGUCCCCUACUUUCUCAGCUACAUAACUCUUGAAAUCGACUGUUCGAUCGAUGUGCAGGCAUUUACAGGCUAUAAGCGCUACCAGUGUGUCUACUCCUUGGCAGAAAUCUUCAAGGUCCUGGCUUCCUUUUACGUCAUUCUGGUGAUGCUUUACGGCCUCACGUCCUCCUACAGCUUGUGGUGGAUGCUGAGGAGUUCCUUGAAACAGUACUCCUUUGAGGCUCUCAGGGAGAAAAGCAACUACAGUGACAUCCCCGAUGUCAAGAACGACUUUGCCUUCAUCCUCCACCUGGCUGACCAGUACGACCCCCUGUACUCUAAGCGCUUCUCCAUCUUCCUGUCGGAGGUCAGCGAGAACAAACUGAAACAGAUCAACCUCAACAACGAGUGGACCGUGGAGAGACUGAAGAACAAACUCGUGAAAAACUCCCAGGACAAGAUCGAGCUGCAUCUCUUCAUGCUCAACGGUCUCCCGGAUAACGUCUUUGAGUUGACGGAGAUGGAAGUACUGAGCCUAGAGCUCAUCCCGGAGGUCAAGCUGCCAGCUGCGGUCGCUCAGCUCGUCAACCUCAGGGAGCUCCACGUGUACCAUUCGUCCCUGGUGGUCGACCACCCCGCCCUGGCCUUUCUAGAGGAGAACUUAAGAAUCCUCCGUCUGAAAUUUACGGAGAUGGGGAAGAUCCCACGCUGGGUGUUCCACCUGAAGAACCUCAAGGAGCUGUACCUGUCAGGGUGCGUGCUCCCGGAGCAGCUGGGCAGCUUGCACCUGGAAGGCUUCCAGGACUUGAAGAACCUGAGGACCCUCUACUUGAAGAGCAGCCUGUCCCGGAUCCCUCAGGUGGUGACAGACCUGCUGCCCUCCCUGCAGAAGCUGUCCCUUGAUAAUGAGGGGAGCAAACUGGUUGUGCUGAACAACCUGAAGAAGAUGGUCAAUCUGAAAAGCCUGGAGCUCCUCAGCUGCGACCUGGAGCGCAUCCCCCACUCCAUUUUCAGCCUGAACAACCUGCACGAGCUGGACCUGAAGGAAAACAACCUCAAGACGGUAGAGGAGAUCAUCAGCUUCCAGCACCUCCCGAGCCUCUCCUGCCUGAAGCUCUGGCACAAUAACAUUGCUUACAUCCCCGCGCAGAUCGGAGCGCUGUCUAACCUGGAGCAGCUCUUCCUGGGUCACAACAACAUCGAGAGUCUGCCCUUGCAGCUUUUUCUAUGCACCAAACUACACUACUUGGAUCUAAGCUAUAACCAUCUGACCUUCAUUCCCGAGGAAAUCCAGUACCUGACCAAUCUGCAGUACUUUGCUGUGACCAACAAUAACAUUGAGAUGCUACCAGAUGGGCUGUUCCAGUGCAAGAGGCUUCAGAGUCUACUCCUGGGAAGAAAUAGCCUAACAGACUUGUCCCCUCUGGUGGGGGAGCUGUCAAACCUCACCUACCUGGAACUCACCGGUAACUACCUGGAGACACUGCCUGUGGAGCUGGAAGGGUGUCAGUCUCUGAAACGGAGCUGUCUGAUUGUCGAGGACAGUUUGCUCAAUUCCCUCCCACUUCCCGUGGCAGAACGCUUGCAGACUUGCUUAGAUAAAUGUUAACCUGAAGAUCAGAUUCAAGCCAAAAGCAGUUCUAAAGAGGCCCUGGGAUAGGAGGAGGAACUUUCCUAAGUUAUAAAAAUGAGAGAUGGCUGGUGACUCUGGCAUGCCAUAACCAAAAAUCUUACCAAAUAACCCAGUGUCCAAAUCAAGCAGUUAAAUUAAAUAUCAACACCGGAGUUUUGUGAAUAACCAAUGCUUAAAUUAUUGAGAUGUAAAAAAUUAUACGUCGAAGGUGGAUUGAGAGGUGUGCUGUUAUGGAAACCUUACCUUUCACGUCUUAUCUUCAGGACCCUGUCUCACCCCCACCCCUAACCCGUUACUUAUUUGCAUACAUGUUUUCAUAGGACCUUGUAAUCUGAUAUUUAACUCCAUGAAGACUUGUCGGUAUAACGCUCCUUGAUGUGUGCUCACCACUGGCUUUGAUUUAUAUUGUUCCGUUUUUUUUUUUUUUUUAAGCAGCGUGCAUCACGCUCAGCAGAAUUCCAUCUUGGCUGACUUCUCUGCUCCUUUCUCAUUUUGCUGGAAUCUUCAUCCAAGUUUCUCUGAUAGUCCUGGGAUAGUGCAUACGUUUGGCGUUUGCCUAGAACAGGAGCCAGGGUUUCUAGGACAUGCAAACUUCUGAGCACCCUAAAAAUUAAUGCAUCCUCAAAAUGUCUUCUGGUAUAUCAUCAAAGCCUUUUUUAAAUAUGUUAAAAUUUUUUAUAUGAAAUAUAAAAUAUUUUCUACUGUAUGAUCUCAGAUGCUACAUCUACAAAAACACCUUUUUGUAAGCAGUAAACAUGUGCUUCUCUGUAAGAAUUUAAUGAUUCUUGGUUUUGGCUGAUUAUGAUUCUCAUGUUUGUAUGCAUUCUGCUCCAAAAAUUUUUGUACUCUUGCAACUAAUUACUGCAACCAAUUUGGAUGACAAAAAGCCUUGUGUUUUGCUCCCUAACGUCUUUGAGGAUUUCCUCUUGAGAGGACAGGAGGGCUGCUGAACCACCUACCUCUCCUUGCUGUUGUCCAAGAGUAUGGGAACAACCCUUCAAUUACUUAAAAACUGCAACCAAGGGGAGAGGGCAAGAUCUAGAUUGGAAAAUUGAUUGGAAAAUACUUUGUAAGAUGUAGGGCCCCUCCCCAUCUGCAUGAUCUCUCGAUAUGAUUAUGAAAGAAGCCAUCUAUUCAGAAUCUAACUGAGCCCAUUAAAAUGACAUCUAUCUCAUAGGCUGCCUUGUGACCCCUGGGAUAUGUCAUGCUCCUCCCGACAAAGAGCUUUGUGUUUGGCCCUUUUUAUCAUGCAUAUUGUUGAAUAAAUAAAAUUGACUGGCUUACACUGGGGAAGUGGACAUUGUAGUAUGUUUUUCUCUCAUAAGUCUAGGCAUUAUGAACCCACCUCUUUUUGGACAUAGCUGUCAAAUAAUCCAUUAACUGCAUCUACAAAAAAACUGGAAAACACUUCUAAGGAGUCCCCUAAACACAAAGCUGCGGCAUGUCGUUUUCUCCUGAUUGUUCUAGAAAGAUGAAAAUGUCUCUCAGUAGCCAUAUAUACCUGAUGUCUAGAGAAGAGAAUUUCAUGGAGGAAACCUGAGUAAAGUUAGUUACAAAGAACAUACCGAAGGUCCUAAACUGCCUAACACACUAUGGAUAGACUAAAAGAGACAUCUUAGCAAAGCUUGCCUUUGUUAGAAUGUCCAAGUUCUCAGGGACCUAGGCAUAACUGGCUCUCACUGGGGCCUCAUGGACAGGCCCUGGCUUACCCAGGCUUUUCUUAUUUUUACUGUUUUAAUAAUGUGAGUUGAUAACUGACAUUUUCCAGUAAAGUCAUCAUGUAGACCAAUUCCAAAGUUGACUGGAAUUGUCUGAAGUUUUGAACAUUAAAUGUGAGUGAGGUUUCAAUACUAUCAAUUGUGCUUCAUAGGAACUAAAAAAAUUCCACCCUAACCAGUUCAGACUUUCUAAGCCUUCCCCUAAUGGAGAAAUUCCCUGUGCCUUUGUUUUCCAGUAUAUGCAUCAUUGGCUAACUGGUCUACCUCCUCAAAGCAGUUCCCUAGGUGAGGUGUGAGCCGCUUUCCACACACAAGGCUGUUGUUACUGGUGAAGACCAUAUUGCUCUUGAUACAACAGCUUUAAAGUGUCUCUUGUAUUUAACACUGAUGCGUCAUUGUUGAGGUAGCUUUUCAAUCUAACACUAAGACAAUGGACAACACAUUUACCACCCGACAGAGAUUUGCUAACCUAAGUGUUGAUAGUCACCUUACUGAAGAAAAUAAAAGCUUACAAAUUAUCAUGAGAUUAAAGUCUCAUGAUAAAAAUAUUCUUCCAAAAACCAAAUGUAGAGGGUCAAAAACAAAACUUUGGCCUAUACUAAAAUAAUAUGGGUUCAUUUGUAUACCCACAAACAUGGAGAGAGAUGUAUAGCUUCAUUUUUGCAAAUUUCAGUUUUCAAUGUUUUUCUGAAAAUUGCAGGAGGUUAUAGGUUAGUCUGAGGAUAGCAACUUUUUUAAUUCAUUAUUUUUAAUCAUGAAGUAUUCAAUUUCCAUAAAAUCAACUCUAGUUUGAGAAGUUACCAUGUGUUCCCACAAAGGCAGAGUUUUUCCCCUCAUCUACAUCAGGGUGGAUUUCUGCAGCAUAAUUAUACUGAAAUUUUUAUUUUAACCUUCUGUGUAUUACCAUUUUUUCUGUUACUUAUAAACAGGUUGAAUCAGGGUAUGUGAAAUCGUUGGGCUCUCAGUGAUAAUGGCAAGCUCUAAUUUGUGUGCUGCAGUAUGCUAAAGUGGUUUAUGCACGUGACAUUAUUCGUUGAUGGUGAAAUGGUUAUGCUUGUGUUUCAUAAUUCUGAUAUCAUGUUUAAUUAAAACAGCACAUGAUGUUGAUGGGUUCAUUAAAAUAGCCAACACUUA